AUGGCAACAUCUUAUGCUCUUCUUCUCUUCUGCAAUCUCGCAUUCUUUGCCGUCCUUCUUGCGUCGAUCGUUGCUCAAUCCUCUUAUGUCACCGCCGAUUCCGGGCUUGUCGACAGGGUCUGCACGCAAACAUCCAAUUACAAAUUUUGCAUCAGCGCUCUUAACUCUGAUCCGCGCACACCGGGUGCAGAUCAGUUCACACUAGCCUAUGUAGCCUUCGGCUUGGCAUAUCGUAAGGCUUCGAGCACCCAAGGCCAGAUAACUUCUCUGCUAAGUAACUCGACCGGUCCGGUGCACCAGCACCUCAAGCAAUGCCAGGGAUAUUACGCUACGGCCAUCGUGAAAAUUCGAGAGGCUUUAGCUAACUUGGACUCCGAGACGUACGACGGAUUGGACGGCCUGGCGACUAAGGCGGGCGACCGAGCGGUCGACUGCGAAUCGGCCUUUGAGGGGACAAAAUCUCCAUUGACUGAUAGCAACAAGGAUCUUAAGGGGCUUUCAGAGAUUUGUGCUGCUGUUGCACAUUUAUUUUCGUAA